CUAUAACAGCAUUUAAAAGCCAUUUCCUUUUUCAUGACUAACAUAACCAUGACUGCAGAACCGUAUACUGUAUAUCACACCCUUCUCAUGCAUGCCUCAACACCCUAGCACUUGUUUUCUGCGCACACACACACACCUGACUGCAGCACUUUAUAUAUUCACAUUUCUCAUGCAUUCCUCAAUACUCACAACUCCUCACACCACAUUUUCAUCAACAUGGAACUGCUUACUUUCCACUCCUUUUAUACACAGCACAUGGCACCUCCAUCCCCACCCAACAUACACACACACACUUCACUGCCAACCAACCACUAUACCCAGCCUAAAACACACAUACUCACUCCACUGCCAUCACUGUUCAAUUUCGAAUACUUUUGGAAACGAAUAUAUAGCGUUUUAGAAAAGAGCUUUUUAAAUUUUAAUGAUCUUCUUUGGCUUAAUUUUUCCAGAUUCCUGCUUGCCCAGUAACUCUGAUUGACUUCUCUUCAGCAAAGUCCAAAAAACGAAAGCUUGAGUGUUCCAUUGAUGGCUGCACAAGUACACAAAAGUUAUGGAUGCAAACAUGAAGCACAAGCCAGAGGAGCAUAUGAGAAGCUUAUGAGCCAGGAGCAUGCAGGCUUCUCAUGUAUGGACAGCGGUCUCUGGCUGAACCCCAAGUGGCCAUACAUGGGGUCCUCCCCUGAUGGGAUAGUCACUUGUGACUGUCAUGGAACUGGCAUCUGCGAGAUUAAGUGCCCACACUCUCAGAGAGAUGCGGUCAACCUGCGCAUGCGUGCUGGGGAGAAGGGCUUCUGCCUCAUCAGUGACGGGGAUAAUGUCACACUGGACCCAACUCAUGACUACUAUUACCAAAUUCAGGCACAGCUUCACAUUGCAAAUGCAGAGUACUGUGACUUUGUUGUGUGGAACCGCAAUGACAUAUUUGUUGAAAGGAUUUUGCCUGACCUUGAGUUUUGGGAUGAUGCGAUUCCUAAAGUUGAGUGUUUUUUUAGAAACAGUAUACUCCCAGAAAUACUGGGACAGCAAGUUACAAACAUACAUGUGUAAUGUGAUAAAAGGACGACAACAUAAUGACAUUUUGAAUAUUGUUAUGACCUGAUGGUAGUCAUUAUGAGUUCUGGCUAUUGUAUUUGCUCUGACGUAGCAUUAGAGCACAAAUUGUCAUUUAAUUUUAUUGUACAUUUAAUUGUGUCAUUUAAGUGUUGUGUAACACUACACAAUGAUUAAAUGCUAUUGAGGCAGCAUAAUAAUACAUUGGUGGUUUAUUUACAAGAUUAGACUUUUAAACAAAUAAACAAAAUAGAUUGCAAUCCAUCUCACAGUAUAAUACUGUACAAACUGCCAGCACAAUAUGACAGUUGGAGAAAAAUAUUUCAUUUGAAAACAUUUACAGACUAAUCAGGAGUCAGGACUUAGGUACUACUAUUACUCUACCCUGUUCUACUUAUCACCAGAGCCAAGC